CCCACCUGUCGGGAGUUCGCUCGUCCCCUUCCUCCCCGUCGCGCCUCCCCCGUCAUGGCACGGAAAUACGUGCCAUCGGAGAGCGAACAGAAUGCCCGUCGCGAGACCCUUCGAUCGGCAUCUGGUUUUGCUAUCGUUACCAAGCAGCGCCGGGCGAGGGACAGCUUAGUUGCUCAGCAGCGCGCGAGUAACCUCGCUACACCCGACCGUCGAUCCGCGCGUGUUCAAGCUCGGGGCGGCGCGAUAAAGCUGCUCUUCUCGCCUACUGGUUCGACAGAGUCAGCUAGCCGUGAAGCGGAUCCAGAUUACUCCCCGGUCAAGACUGUCACGGUUAGGCUCUUCGAUGCGGAUGGCUCGGCAUACAACACCCCCUUGAAGUUCUCCAAGGAUGAGGCACGACCGCGAUCGUACCAGCUGUUCAGCUCCUAUGCCUCAGAUGACGGCGUGUUGAGGUGCAUAAUCACCGGGCAGAGCAACAAGAAUGGCACCAUCCAGUUUGCGCACGUCGCCGAUCGGUCGCUGGACAACGACAUGCUUCGUCAGCUGGAAAAAGUUUCCGGAGUGCAACCCAAGACCAUGUCUCUCGAUACGCGGUCAAACAUCAUCCCUCUCUGUGUGGAGAUCCAUCGGCCAUUGGACCUAGGCCUCCUCAUUCUCUUGCCUUGCAUGUCUGUCUUAUCGGACUUGUUCCAAGUCUUGAACACAAAGAAGAUCCCUCCCUGGACUACCAAGCGGCGUCCCAGGAGGAACAAGGAGCGCUAUAUCCACCAUGAAGACAUCUGGGAGCGCGGUACUGAGAUCGAAGUCCAUAUAGUCCCGGUGUCUACCUGGAGCGAGGACAGUGGCAUACGCUGCAUUACUCGUCACGAAGAUGGCACCGUCGAGCGCAAGUACUAUGAGCACCCCUUCAUGGAUGAGGAAGGUCGUCCCGAAAUCCCGACGAUCAAGGUCAAGGUUUCGCCUAUCUACCUUGCCUGGAAGGCCUCCGUCUCUCUCCUGAAAAUGGGCGCAGGGGACCCACCCCCGUACGUGGCCAAGGAAGCCAGGCUUGUGAUGCGCAUCGGGAAGCUCAUGCGGGGUGAUAUCGAGGAGAACCCGGUGGCGCAUUAGCGGUUCUCGGGCUUUAUUUCGCGCCAUUCGACAUUCCGGGAUGUUGAGUUCGAAGCUUCGGUGUCUCUGACUGGCUCAGUAUUCACCGCGAGUUAGACUCCACCUCACUGGAAUGUCGGAUGUGCCUCCGGCUUUGCGCCGCGUAGUUGUAAUACUAGUUGUAAAAUACCACAUCGAUGUGACAGUGCUUGUUGAAAAAUCAUUCGGACGCCGUUGGACUUUGCCUC